GAGCUCCCGACGCAACAUUCAGGAUGGCUGCUCACGGGAUGACAUCGAUUGAGACCGACGGCGACAGCAUCAAGAUCGUCAACCAGCUGCUGCUGCCCCACACCACGGAAUGGAUCGAGGUCAACACGGUCGAGGAGGCGCACGAUGCGAUCAAGUCCAUGAAGAUCCGGGGAGCGCCCGCCAUAGCAUCCCUGGCAGCCCUCUCGCUCGCAUCGCAUCUAUCCAGAGCCCUGAAAUCUUCCCCACCACCCGACUUCCUCGCUUCCCCCGAGUCGCUCCGCGCACACGUCGAGCCAAUGUUGGCCUUCCUGUACACCGCGCGCCCGACCGCCGUGAACCUCGGUGCCGCGACACGGCGCCUAACGAAGACCCUCCACGCUUCGAUCGCGGAGGGGAAGAACGUCCGAGCGGUCGCGGAGGAUCUCAUCGCGGAGGGCAGGAAGGUUGCGGACGAGGACGUCGGGAGGAACAAACAGAUGUCGAAGAAUGGCGGGGAGUGGCUGAUUGAGCAGGUGAAGGCGAGAGGAGGUACCGGGGAGGGGCUGAACAUCCUUACGGUGUGCAAUACAGGGUCUCUGGCGACUUCGGGAUACGGCACAGCUCUCGGGCUCAUCACUUACUUGCACGAAACUGGUAAACUAAACAAAGCCUACUACACACAGUCCACGCCAUACCACCAGGGAUCACGGCUCACCGCCUUGGAACUGCAAACACUGAAAAUUCCCUCCGUGAUGAUCUGCGACACCAUGGUCGGGUCGCUGUUCCAACAUCACGAUAUCCAUGCGGUCGUCGUCGGUGCGGACCGAAUUGUAAGAAAUGGGGACACAGCAAACAAAAUUGGUACAUACAACGCCGCGGUCCUCGCCGCACGUCACAAAAUCCCGUUCAUCGUAAUCGGGCCCGUCAGCACCGUCGACCUGGACGUCGCCGAUGGCUCCGGGAUCCCCAUCGAACACCGCCCGCCCAUCGAAGCGUGCGUCGUCCGCGGCGCGCUGUACCCCUUCUCGGUGAAUGCGCAGGGGCAGAAGGAGCAGGCCGCAGUGAUGAUCACGCCGGAGGGGCUCGAGGGGGUGUAUAACCCGAGCUUUGAUGUCACCCCCGCGGAGCUCAUUAGUGCGGUGGUUACGGAGAAGGGGGUCGCGGUGAAGAAGGAGGGGGAAAAGGAGUUCGAUUUGAGUGGGGUUGUGUAAUGCUUUGGAUAGAGGGAAUAUGGUAGAAAUAUAUCCAGGCAGUUUGUUCAGCUAUUGCAGUAGCUGUGAAUAGUAAUACUAGUCCGCGGGCGAAACAUGAUGGCAUAGCCUGCGGAUAUCGAUGAGGUUCUGUUUC